AUGGCAAUCAGUAAGAACAGGAAGAAAAGAAACAGAAGGCGGCAGCGGCUUCAAGCCGAAGCUGAAGUGUGCAGUUCAGAGACGGCAGAAGCUGCAGCGUGCGGCAGCUCAGAGACGGCGAAAGAUGGAAUUCAGAAGCAAGCCUUUCAUGGGGAUCAGGCGCCUAAUAUGGAUGUUGUGAGAGAGCUUCAAGAGGAGCUUCGUCAGGCAAGAUGUGAUUUGAAACUGUUGAGCAAGUCCAACAAAGGCCUCUUGAUUCAGCUCAGGCGGGUGCGGAGCUCCAACACGGCCCUUCAAAAGAAGUUGGACGAGAAGACCCGGAUGCUUGCAAAAGAGCAAGAGUUCAAUGCAGCUCUUGUGGAUGGCCUCCGACAGGUAGGUACACGGACAUGCUCCGAAGCCUCUGGAAGGUAUGAGACCGUUGCUUGCUGGGAGUAUCUUGAGCGAGAGCCGGACUCAUGGAGACGAUAUCUCCCGGAUGCAGAACAGUCCUUAGAAGAAGCACACUGGGACAACUUGCCGGAGCUGACUAUCAGUGGAUCGGGUUUCAGGUAUCUCAUCAGCUUUUCUGCCAUGACUCAGACAAAUGUGGAGACAAGAAAGACGCGUACUGUACGCAGGCGAGAAAUUCCGUUGCACGCCGAUGCCGUACUCAAGAUGACUACGGAAACCCAGCACUUGCGUGGAGAGAAUCAACACUUGAAUGCGGUCCUUCGCAAGAAGACUGAAGAGAUCCAAGAACUGGAGAAAGAUGUUCAGAGCAAGGAGAGACAUAUCGAUGAUUUGCACUGGUCCGUCCAGUACUUACAUGACUCUGCCAGAAAGACGGAUCAGCAGUAUGCGAAGCUGCAGUCUGAGCACGCCGCAUUGAAGAACCAUGUUCACGAGUCCGAUAAGCUUCAGUCAGCUUUGGAGCAGGACAGGCAAAGACAUUGCAAGGUAAUUCUUUCCCAGCUUCCCGCGAAACCACUGGAUGAAUCAGCGAGAUAUGUUUGCAGAAGCUUGAGUGUAGAAGAUCCGAAAUAUGCUUUUCUAUCACGGCAAUUUCAAUCCUCCUUCGUCGGCCAUCGCUUGAGACUUGGCUCUGACCUUUGGUGCGAUCCGGCAAGGGUGUGUGUGACACGCAUCGAGGAGUUGGUUCACCCUGCAAAUCAGCUGCUUUAUGAAGCAGCGCGUCGUAUCAGAGCGAGUGAAGAUAUCAGUUGUGGAUGCACUCCAAUUGCAGGCAUCUCUGCCUUCAAGUGCGAGGUCCUUUCGGGCUGGGUUGACAUGAACGAAUACCUGCUUUAUCACGGCACCAGCCUGUGUAAUGCAGAGCAAAUAGUUGCCCGGGGAUUUGAUGCCCAGCGCGGCGGAGAGUCAGCCGGGGCGAUGUUUGGAAGGGGUGUCUACUUCGCAGAGAAUGCCUCGAAGUCAGAUCUCUACACAACUUGUGAUCUAUGCAAGGACAUCGGCAACCAUGACUUCCGUAAAUGUUGUCAUGCCCAAGGUGAGAGAUGCGUCUUGGUCACAAGGGUGCUUCUGGGAGAGAGCAAGAUUGUCAAGAAACUGGUUGAUGCCGGAGGAAAGGAUCAGAUUCGGGCUCCGCAGCGUGAUGACGGAACAUCCUACGAUUCCAUUACCGCAGUAUCAAAAUCGGAGGGGGGACUGGUAGACCAUCGGGAGUUCGUGGUGUUCAAGGACCCGAAAAUGCUUGCGCGUUUCCGGAUCUUUUACCGGCACGACUGCGGUUGCUCAUGCAACGGUUGCCAGCAACGCAGAUCAAGCACCUAA